UCAGAAGUUCAUUCCUUUAUAAUCUACAGAGAUGCUAGGAGAAACACGCACAUUUAAGCCGAGUGAGGUGCUGGGUGUGGGGUGGUCUCUAGCGCUGAGCAAACACUCUGAGGUGCUUUCCCAGAGCCUGGCCCUCUGCAGACACCGACAGCAGCACUGCAGCCUGGAAGGAGCACUGUUUCUGCUACCAUGGAAACCAUUCAAGGAAUAGAACAGACCAUUACAGGGGUGGUCCCUGGAGGGACUCAGCCCUCGAAGAAAUCUGUUAUAAGGUCUCAACUGUGGAAGGAGAGCACAGAGAAGUUCAUAAAGGGGGAACCCAAAGUCCUCGGGGCUGUACAAGUUAUGAUUGCUCUCAUAAACCUGAGCAUAGGAAUAAUAUUGAUCUGCGCAUCAUUACAUGUUCGACCACCUAUUUCAGUGAUGUUAGGGGCCCCAGCUUGGGGGUCACUGAUGUUCAUAAUCUCAGGAUCCUUGUCAAUCGCUGCAACAGUAAAACCUACAAAGAGACUGGUCACCGUCAGUCUAGUUUUCAACACCAUCAGCGCUGUGCUGGCUAUAACUGCAAGCACAAUGGGUAUCGUCAGUGUGCUUGAGUGUUUGUAUUCUUGCCAUCUUAAUUUAAUAGCAGGUUUGGAUUCCUUGAUGCUCAUUUUAAAUUUGCUAGAAUUCUGCAUUGCUGUGUCUGUCUCGGCCUUUGGAUGUAAAGUAACCUGUUGUGACACCAGUGAGCCCCCAUUCUCCUGCCUAAACUGUGCUCAUGGAGGUGACAGGGCCACUGUUUAUCAGAAACUUUCAGUGGAGGACUGCUUGAAGAUGCUCCUGAAAAGCGAGGAGGAAGAAGGUCAGGUUGUUGUAGUUCAACCAUCAAAUCCUGCUAUGACAGCAAUGGCACACCCUGUGCUACUUCAACCAUUGGCACCACCAGAAUACCAAGGAAUAAAUGUUCCACAAGGAAUAAAUGUUCCAGAGAAUAUUUCAUGGACCCCACUGGAGAAUGAGUCUAAGUCUGAUGCAUGUGGGGUAGUGGUAGGUGGGGGGUUGUGAUUUCAAAAUCAUAUUCUCAUUGUUUGUUUUCCUGGUAAAUUAACUCCUCAUUGCACUGAUUUUUGGUAGGUGUAUCAGUCAUGCUAUACAUGCAUAAAUCAAGCAUUUACUGUGUCAAUAACAUGUUAACAUCUUCCACUCAUUGUGUGAACAAGGGGUAUUGAAUUGGCAAAGAAAUCUUGAAUGCAAACUGAAAACAAAACAAAACAAAAACAACCAUGUAUUAGUGAAAUAAAGUCCCCAAAGAGUGA